UGUUUCAACGAGCAGAUCAAUUUUGUAAACAAGUAUUUAAUCAAGUUUUAAAUUCAGGAACGAACCCCAAAAAAUCGCAUUACAAUGUUUAAGCUUCUUUGCAUGUUGGUCUGUGUUUUCGCGGUAGUCGCUGCACUGCCCAGUGGCAUUGAGGAACCAUUCCGCCAGGAUGUACUAACUAAACGUGACACCGUCGCUGUAGCAAACGAUCAAGAAAAUGAUGCCGCUGCGAUCGAGAGUGCAGUGGAGUCGUCCCAGGACGACAUGGAUAAAGCGGAAACGUUUGGCUUUGGGUACCGCAGGUACAUCCACUUCUAUCCACGAUACUAUCCCCGCUACUACUACGGUAGCUACUAUCCGCGCUACUACUACGGACACUACGGUCACUACUGGUAAAGCCGCAGCAAAAGGGAAUGCUUGAUUCGAUCAUCUGUAAAAUAUUGCACACUACUCGUUUUUUAAAAAUCAUAUCAAAUUUCAAUUGAAACCCAUUCAACAUAAAAGUGUCCAAAAAAUGUAAGCAAAAGAAAUAAA